CCACGUCUCUCUUAAUUCACUCUUACCUUCUCUUCUUCCUUCUCUUACAUAAAGCUUGAUAGCCAUUAAUAGCCACCCAAACAAGCUUUCCACUUCCCUCAUAAUGAUCCCCAAACCAGUCGUCACCUUCCUCUACCUCCUCGACCUUAUCCAAUACACCUUCUCUUUUCUCCUCUAUUGCAUCGGCCUCAACCCAUCCUUUGAAGCGGAGCCGACGCCAUGGGAGAACCAGGAACUCCUAUUCUUCUCCCUCGACAUCUCCAUGGACUCCGCUGCCGAGUCUCUCAAGAGGAAGCUGCCUGUUGUUGACUACAAGAGCUUCCUCAAGAAGAAAGGAAAAUCUCCGACGACUGAGUGUGCUAUCUGCCUUCAGUCCAUGGAGGCGAGAGACCAAGUUCGGGAGCUCAAGAACUGCUGCCAUGCAUUCCACGUAGCUUGCAUGGACCGGUGGUUGGACCUCGGCCGGCUCAGUUGUCCGCUGUGCAGGACAGAGGUGGUUCCGGCUUUGGCCGGCCGGAGAGGACCGCUGUCGGUUUUGAAAGUUCUUUUGGUUGGGGAUACUUAUAAUUGUAGUUCAUGAUAGUCGAAUUAGUUCUCUUUUUAGGGUUAAGAUCUUUGUUGUUAGAGGUAAUUAAAUCUUCUGUAAUGCUUUGGUUUGUAAAUUAAUUGGAUAGAGUUUGGUGUUUGAAGACUUUUGUGCCA